CGAUGAAUGAAACGGAACGGCCAACUUCACGGAUUCAUUCAACUUUCAGAGGCUAGUUGACCGUGUUCGACCCGCAUUACGUGUUAGCUCUCUCUGCCAAGUAAGGACACCCACACCCCGUCGCUCAGUCAGCUAAUGCUAGCUUGUUGUCUCGUUGCCUCGCGCGUUGCUAGUCGGCGUUAGCCGUCUCAUGCUAAAAAUAUCAACACCACAGACAGUCAAGGGGGCUCCUCCGAUUAGGUGGCAUUUUGCCUUUGUGUCUUAAAUAAGCCGGCUAGAGCAACACCUGCUUCAACUGUGUACAUGUCAUGUGUUUCACUCUGUUUCAUUGUUAGCCACUUUCUAUGUUGUGCUCAAGCUACAGCCAGUUGCAGUGUGGCCCCCUGACUCCUCUCACUUUGCCUAUUCCCCUCUUUCUGCAAGGUGGACGUGUGCAUGUGUUUGACUGUAGCUGGACAUAGUUGUGCGUAAAAGUGUGUGCACUCGUCUGUGCGCGUGCAUACCCAACUCCAGUUGCAGCCGUGUGUGUGUGUGUGUGUGUGUGUGUGGGUGUGUGUGAGCCAUGUCGGUAUCAGUGAUCAUCAAGUGGGGGGGUCAGGAGUACUCCAUCAGUUCCCUGUCCGAGGAGGACACAGUGAGGGACCUGAAGCAGUCCAUUAAGACCUUGACUGGGGUGCUGCCAGAGAGACAGAAACUACUGGGACUUAAGGUCAAAGGUAAACCUGCAGAGGAUGAGGUGAAGCUGGGAUCUUUGAAGCUGAAGCCCAACACCAAGAUCAUGAUGAUGGGUACCAGAGAGGAGAGCCUGGAGGAGGUUUUAGCCCCUCCCCCAGAUAACGACGAUGUGGUCAAUGAUUUUGACAUUGAGGAGGAGGUCAUUGAAGUUGAGAACAGAGAGGAGAAUCUGGCAAAGAUCGCCCGCAGAGUGAAAGACUAUAAGGUCGAGGAGAUGAAUCCUCCCAGAGAAGGCAAAGGGCUUCUGGUCCUGGAUGUGGACUACACGUUGUUCGAUCAUAAGUCGUGUGCGGAAACGGGUCAGGAGCUGAUGAGGCCAUACCUUCACGAGUUUCUGACAUCAGCCUACGAGGACUAUGACAUUGUCAUCUGGUCUGCUACAAGUAUGAAGUGGAUUGAUGCCAAAAUGAAAGAGCUGGGGGUGAUAGAUAACCCUAACUACAAGAUUACGUUCAUGUUGGACAGUGCAGCAAUGAUCACGGUACAUACCCCGAAGAGAGGCGUUGUGGAGGUGAAGCCCCUGGGAGUGAUAUGGGGGAAAUACGAAGAACUGUACAACAGGAGGAACACCAUUAUGUUUGACGACAUAGGACGAAACUUCCUCAUGAACCCACAGAACGGACUAAAGAUCCGACCCUUCAUGAAGGCCCAUCUUAACAGAGAGAAGGACAGGGAACUCUAUAAGUUGGCACAGUACCUCAAAGAAAUCGCCAAGCUUGAGGACUUCAGUGGACUCAACCACAAACACUGGGAGAGGUACCUAUCUAAAAGGCAGCAUCACUGAGGAGGGACUGCAUCCUCGGCAAAGACUCGGUCUGGACGUUACUAUCCCAUCAUCCAGUUCUCACACACACACAAACUUGGCUAUUACAAGCCACUUAUUACAAACUUUAAUACAAAUCCUACACUGAACCUGCAGACGCCAACUCUCUAAAGCUCAGGACUGAGAUGGGCUUCCCAAUUUAUAUCUUAGCAUGUUCUCUCACACAUUUAGUUGCUUUCAUGACAAUAGUAACAGCCGUUACCACCCGUUAGUGUGGUAGUCAUUGGGGAUGCACCGAUACCGAUAUCGGGCUGAUACUGGCUCAAAUUGUUGGAUUGGGCCAAUCUAUUUGGUUCAGCUCUGUAUUUAUAUACUCUAUAUAUUACAUAUUGGUUAUUGCUGUUUAAGUUUUGGCCAAUGUGUUGCUGCAUUUAAAAGGUUUACACUUGAAUUACGGUUCCUGUUACGUUUGAAGUUUUCUUUUUUUACCAAGUUGUAGGUGUACAAUUUAUUAUUUUAAUAAUAAAUAAGAAGUCAUUAAAUGUA